UGUUGACCCGUGUGUUGACUUGUUAUUCGAAGCUUUGCAAUGGAUUCUACUCUUCCCUAUGUCUUUCCACUGAAUUUCCUAAUCAUAAACCCAUCAGAGACUUUAAAUUCACCAUUAAAUAAACGCACAGAGUUCAUCAUCUCAAGCAUUUGUUCUCAAAUCUCAACUCAACCACCAUGACUCAGUCCCAAUCAUUUAGCAAUGGAAUGGAGCUUGCAACCUUUGUGACAAGCUCUGGUGUUCUUUGUAGAACAUGGGAUGUUAUAGAUUCUCGUUACCAAGGAAUCACUUCAUGCGUUGGAAAUGGAAUGUUCUGGAAGGUUUAUGAAGAACCGGGUUCUGGUUUGACCGUUGUAGCGUUUGAGGUCAAGGAGGAUUUUAACCUUGAAUCGAAUAGGGUUUCAUCUUCUGAUCUUAGGAAGAAAGGUUGCCUUCAAUUUGAGUUUUUGUGUACUAAGAAAAUUCCAGAUUUCUCUGUUAAUGCCUCUGUGGUUUCACUAUUCUAUGAGAAUCUUCAGGGGCUUGAUCAGUUGAAGUCCCAGAUUAAUAGCAAAUCUCAAGUGAUUGUUACUGGACAUGCUCUUGGAGGAACAAUUGCUGCAAUCUUCACUUUAUCACUAUUAGAUAGCAUUGGUUCGGGAAAGAAACGCCUUCUCUGCAUCACCUUUGGUUCUCCCCUUAUUGGUGAUGAAAAUUUGCUAGCAGCUGUAUCCCGUAAUUCGACAUGGAAUUCUUGCUUUCUACACAUGGUCUCUUGCAAAGAUCCACUUCCAAAAAAAUUGAGACCUUGCACCAGUGAUUACAUGCCUUUUGGAACAUUUCUCUUCUGUUCCGACAAUAAUUCUACUUGUUUUGAGAAUCCUGACUCUAUUUUGGAAGUUCUCUUGAGCUCAAUGCAUGAUCAAAGUCAAGGACUUCGGCGCAUAGAUUAUGGAAACAUAGUGGAAGGUCUCUAUCGUAAAGCAAUUUGCAAGGACUUUACUGCACAGCUGCAAGACUUGCCUCGUUCUAAUUCACUGCAAGCAUGUAUCAGUGUGCAGUUGUUGGCGCUAGGAUUGAUACAACAUAUGCAGCAGCAGCUACAGAUCAAUGAUUUGGUAACAAAGAUCGUAGCACAGGAAAGAAAAUUCAAUUUCCAAAAGGGUGGAAAAUUUGAUCCAUCCAAGAAAUUGAAUGUAAUGAAGAUAGACAUGGCCCAACUUGAAUGGUACAAGAAGGAUUCUAAAAAUCGACAUAUAGGGUACUAUGACAGCUACAAGAAGAUGUACUUAACAAGUGAUCAAGAUGCUGUUAAGUUCCAGAAAAACCUCACAAACUACUGGAAUGAUAUGGUUGAAGAAGUAGAAAUGAAACCUCAGACGGAAGGUGCAGCUUUUCGUACUCGCUGGCUCUAUGGUGGGACUAAUUACAGAAGAAUGGUUGAACCCCUAGAUAUUGCCGAGUACUAUGGGAAGGGCGGCAAAGACUACGUGAAAAACGGAAGAUCUAGACAUUAUAAAGUGUUGGAGGAGUGGGUGAAUGAAGCGAGAACGCCCCCAAGUGAUCCAAAUAGUAUAAGCAAAAAGAAUGUGGAACUAAUUUUGACCAUUGAUUCUUGCUUUUGGGCACAUGUUGAAGAGGCUCUCCUUUCUUGCCAACAGUUGGAGUUUGCACUAUCUAGUUUGGCAGAGAAGGAUGAGGCAACUAGGAAGUUGCUUCAAUUCGAGGAGUAUGUUUAUGAGUCACUUAAGAAAUAUGAAGUGUCACCGGAGAUUUUCCUGAAGGAUAGCAGCUACAUGGCUUGGUGGAAUCGGUAUAAGACAAUUAGGGGAACUACAGGUAUUCCAGCACUAGCAAGCUUCAUGAGCAAUCCUAAUAAUUUUGAUCAAUAUACUGAGGGAACUUAUGACUUCCGCUGAAGUAUGUUUGCGUGGUUCAGCAGUGUAUAAUAAUGAAUUAUGAUUUCAUUUCAUUCUGCACCUUUCAACCUUCUUUGUAUUUCCUUUGUUGAAUGAAGUUGAGAUCCUGGAUUUUCUCUUGUGUUCUGAUAUUGGAAGUUUUUAGAGUUGUGUUUCCCUUGCAAACCUUCAAUCUCUCAUUCUUGGAAUUUUAAGUUGUGUGUAAUAUUAACAUAAUUUGAAGGUUAUGUGUGAAGGAUGGACCACUCAGCAGAUGAUGUC